AAAACAAGCAAUAUACGAAGACAGACAGUAUAAGCUUAUUUCUUUUUACAAAGUAUUAUAUAUAUAAUAUUUAAAUUUUAUCAAGACAAGAAUUAUAGUUCUAGGAAGUGUUAACAUUUGUAGAACUUUAUGUUGGGAUUUUGCUGAUACACUUAUACAUUGUCUUGUUAGGAAACAAACAAAGUUGAGGCCAUAUUGAUACAUUUGCCUAAACCAGACUUGAUACACUUAAGUCCCAAAGCCUUCAAGAAUAUGACAAGGCUCAAAAUGUUUAUUAACCGUAAUGCACACUUUUCUAAAGAGCCUAAUUUUCUCUCUAAUGAGUUAAGAUUGCUUGAUUGGCCUAAUUAUCCUAGAGAAUCUUUGCCAUCCAAUUUUUGUGGAAAAAACCUUGUCGUUUUAACAAUGCCUCGGAGUCAGCUCAAGGAAUUGGAGGGAGUUCAGAAUUUCCAAAACGUGACAAUUAUGAAUUUCAUUGGUUGUGAGUUCCUAAGAAAAAUUCCCGAUGUUUCAAGGAUCCCAAAUUUAGAGAAGUUGGAUCUUGGUGGUUGCAAAAAUUUAGUUGAGGUUCAUCAUUCUAUUGGAUUCCAUGAUAAGCUUGUUAGUUUGAAACUUGAAGGAUGCUAUAAUCUUAGGAGUUUUCCAAGAAGCCUCAAGAUGAGAUCUCUAAAAUUUCUUAACCUUUGGGGUUGCUCGAGGCUUAAGAACUUCCCUGAAAUUAAGUGUCAAAUGGAAUGUUUAAAGGAGAUCAACAUUGGAAAAACUGGUAUAGAGGAGCUACCUUCAUCUAUUGGGUACCUCGUUGGGGUUAAAGUCUUAUGUCUAAAUGGUUACACAAACCUUAUGACUCUUCCAGAUAGCAUUCAUAAGUUGAAACAUUUAGAAACACUAUUAUUUGGGGACCUAGAUUUGAUUAUACAACCAAUUCUUCAAGAGGACGAAUAUAUUAGAAUGUCAUCGGUGUCAAAAUUACUCCCAUUUCCACCUUCCUCGAAUACAAGCGAUUCUAAUAAUGGUUGUUCCUUGAUCGUAUUUCCGAAACUUCGAGUGUUGAAACAUAAAAAUUGUGCCCUCUCAAAAUUAAAUUUCUUUAGAACCUUUGAUUGGUGCACCACAUUGGCGGAAUUAGAUCUAUCAAUGAGUGAUAUUGUUACCAUUCCUCCAUAUAUCAGACAAUUUGUUAGAUUGAAGUUCCUUUCUUUGCUGGAAUGCAAGCAACUUCGAGAAAUUCUAGGAAUUCCACCAAAUUUAAUGUUAAUGAGUGCGAAGGGGUGUGUGUCAUUGGCAAUAUUUUUACAAGAAGCUAGAAGAUCUCCAUUGUUUGAUACACCAAAGGCCUUAUUCCAAGUUGGAACGAUAUUUCCAGCGUUGAGUCUUGGAAACCAUGUCCUAACAGAAUCAGAGUUCUUGAUUCAACGCGAUUGCCCUUCUAGUUUGACAUUUCUUGAUCUAUCAGGAAGCGCUAUUGUUAGCCUUCCUACAUGGUUCAGCACAUUUGUUGGAUUAAAUGAUCUUUACUUGAAGGAUUGCAAUCAACUUGAAGAAAUUCCAGAACUUCCACCAAAGAUAGUUAAGGUAUGUGCGGGUGGAUGCACGUCAUUGGAAAGAUUUGAAUUUAAUAAUAUAAAGGAUUUACCAAACCUUCGACGGAUUGACUUCUCCAAUUGCCAUGGACUGCGUGAAAAUAUGGGGGAUGAUCUGCAAAUUCGUUUAUUGAUUGAGGGACAUCCUAAGUUCCAUCAAUUUGGCUGUGUAUUUCCGGGAAAUAAGAUUCCGGAUUGGUUCAGCCAUCGUAAAGAGGUUUUAAAUACAAAUUGGUGUGAAAUAGAUAUCAAUGAACCUCUACAUUUGGAUUCGGAGCAGACAAUAUUUACUUUCUCUGCUGUUAUUGGAACAGAGGAUGUACCCAUCAUCCAUGAUAUUGGUGUGAGUCAUUUUGGAAUUGUCGUUGAAGUCAUCAAUGACAUUGGUGAACACAUCAAAGAUAUUCGUCAACAAUAUCCGGAUAUUUAUAGUUUUUUUAGCUCAGAUCAUGUAUGGUUGAAGUACCAUGUGUCAAACCAUUCUCAACUAAAGACGGAAAAUCUUCGAGUUAUAUUUACAUGCGACAGUCCAGUGUUCUUCAAAAGUUGCGGAUUCCAUCUAAAGAGGAAGCUAUAAUAGAUGAUAUUCAAAUUAUUGAAAUGCCAUGAUAAUGAUGAUGGCAACUUGGAAUCCAAUUGGUACCCACAAUAAAAGAGGCAUUCUUCUUCCUUUCAAGCUAUACCAUGUUUGUUGCAGAUCUCUUCAACUAUGAGUUCAAGUUGGUCUGUAUUAUGUUAAUUCUUCUUCUUGUUCGUGACGAAGUCCCUAGCUUGGGUUAUAAUCGUGCCAGUGUUUCUCCUAUGUAGACUCUUGUUUUGUACGUAAUUAAUGU